UACUGGCUAACUGCUUCACAUCUGAGGUGAAAAAGUAAGUUGCAUAAUGUGUGAUCUGUGCUGAAACUGAAAAAAAGAAAAAAUAAGUUGUUAUUCACAUCAAAUCUCCAGAUACCCUAAACCUAAAUUAGGAUGAUGCACAUUUUUUUAAUUAGUUCUCAUAAAUGAUGAUUUAGAUAUAAUGGUUGAUGAGAACUUGGGGAAAAAACUGUCAGGCUCAGAUUGGUUAAUGAUGAUUGCAUUGUUCAAGGCAGUGGCAUGUUUUAUGAAAAGAAAGCUGCAAAAGAAUGCACAAUUGUGUGGAAAGAGGGGCGGAGGGGCCCUCAGAAGGGGCAGACCAAAAUACAUUCUUUUGAGAGGACUCACACUUUGGACUCCAAACGUUUUUCUGACACAUUGCAAGAGGAAUGAUGCAGGAGAGGAGGGAGAGGAGAGGAAGGAGGGCGGAUGAAGGAGUGAGGCAAAGAAAGAAAAACACAUUUGUGGAGCUCGUAAAGUUCACCUCUUACAACUUGAAGGAAUGGGCAGCCUCCCAGUGGUCCUGCUCCUCUGCAGUUUCCACGUCCUCACAGCUGCAGCGCAAGUUCAGCCAACCGAAACUCCUGAAAGCAGCCCAUUGCCAGUCAACUGCAGGGAGGAGAUGUAUCCCUGCACCAGGAUGUACUCGGUCCACAGGCCUGUCAAGACAUGUGUUGGAUAUCUGUGUUUCUACAGCCUUCCUCGCGUCUACUUGAUCAACAAUGAAAUCUGUGUGAGGACAGUGUGCCAACAUGAAGAGUAUCUGAAAGCUGAACUGUGCAGGGAGUUGUCCGGGUGGCCCAAACGCCUCCAGAGGUCACCAAGCAGGAAACGCUGCCGCAGUCGGAGAGACCCAAAAACCUGGAUAAACAAGGCCUGACUUUGCCCAAAAAGAGACUUGAGCAGCUGUAUGACUUCAUCUAGAGCUCAAACGUCUGGGAGUCUUUCUUUUUACACACAAACAUGCCGAGUCAUAUUUAUGUUUACGUACCAAUAUACAAUGUCUGAAAGUUAAAGUUGUGUUCAUUCAUCCUUGUGAUUUCAAAAUGUACUGUAGUAUUAGGCCUAUAAUCACUGAAAUGUGUAAGUGGAAAUAUUCUAAAAGAUAAAAACGUGCUUUUUAUGACUAAACUGCUCACUUAUGAUCCAUCAUGUGCACAAUUUAACCAAUAAAAUGUAGAAAAUGU